AUGGAGAGUAAACGUACUUCUACAAAGAAACAUAAGAAUCAAACCAACGAUCACAAAUCAAAGACUCAUUCACCGCCCUCUUCACCAUAUCGAUCAAAGAAGAGAUUGCGUACUGUAUUACCUGCAUUCAAAAGAACAUGGAUACGUACUCUAAAUUCGUCUGUAAAUUGUCUUGCGGUAGGUGCACCAUCGGAUGAUACACAAAUGGACAAGAAAAGUUUGAUGGUGUCAGUCGCUGUAGGUACUGAAUCAGGAAAAGUGAUUAUUUUUAACGAAGGGAAGGAAGAUGUCGUAAUAGAGACUAAAGGUGGAUCCAUCCAAUCGAUGUUGUUAUUCGACGUAACUCGGUUUGGUUCGACCGACCUCAUAGUAGGCGAUUCGCAUGGAACAGUAACUAUAUUCGAGAAGAAGCAAAUGCUCAGCAAAAGGAACUUGGGGGCCGCUGUUAGAUGCUUGGAGAUUUUCCAAGACGCCGUGGGCGGAUAUGAAAUAGUGGCUGGGGAUGCAUCGGGAGUAAUCUCCGCUUUUACCGCUUACAAGCAUAUGUGGCGAAUAAAACUAACCGACGAGACUGAUAUUUUACAACAGACAGCGGGAGUUAUGAAGGAUACCUGCGAUCCUCGAAUUCGUUGCAUGUUAUUUGUUUCUCUAUUGGAUCAUUUUAAUGUGGAAACAGAUUAUUUACUUGCAUGCGACAGAAGUCCAUAUGUACAUUUCAUACAAGGAGGACAGAGAGUUCUAAGCAUCGAGGUUCCUUAUACUAUAAACUCGAUGUGUACAGGGUAUUUUAGAAGGGACUAUCGCACGUUACUGUUUUAUGACCCACGCGUUCGACAGGUCAUUCUUGGAGGGGAGAAUGGAUAUAUUUAUUUACUGGAACGCUAUCAGGUCACUACGCUGCUCAAGAUCGAUUAUCCUGUUUUGAAUGUGGCACGGUUUCGUCCGAACAGACUAGAUAGUGCUGAAACUGAUUACUUGCUUUGCACUGGGCACUUUAACGAAGUCCGAAUAUAUAAAGACGGACAGUUCAUCCAGGGAAUCACAACGGAGGAUUGGAUAUAUACGUUGGCUGUUGCAGAUGUGGACGAAGAUGAUCAAGAUGAAUUGGUUAUUGGAAUGAUGAACAAUUGUGUAGAAAUAUACAAAUAUGAUUACGUUGCUUAG